CUGGCAGUUGCGCAGCAAUAACUCCCGCUGCCCACCGGCUCACCUGUCCUUCAUCCGCCCCGAUCCGACCCCAAAUCAAUUCCAAAUUCAAUCCGGUCUCAGUGGUUGGCCCGCCGCUGCCAGUGCCAGAUCGAAUCGGACUCUCGGCUCGUGUGCAGCCCACCGGCGAGACGCCGAAGCUAUAUUUUUAUGCCCAUCUGAUCCGAUGCGUGGUGUGGCGUCGUCUCCGCUUUUACUAGAUCAUCAGUAGCCAGCUCAGGAGCCGAGCCUGGUCAGGGUAGCCAAGCCCAUCCCGGUCCUCUCCCGGCGUCUUCUCCCUCCGCACCGCGGCUCCGGCGAUGGCGGGCGUCGGCUCCGCGCUGCGUCGGCUCUACCUCUCCGUCUACAACUGGGUCGUCUUCUUCGGAUGGGCGCAGGUGCUGUACUACGCGGUCCUGACGCUGCGUUUGAGCGGGCACAAGGCCGUCUAUGCCGCCGUCGAGAGGCCGCUGCAGUUCGCGCAGACAGCCGCCAUCAUGGAGAUCGUUCAUGGGCUCGUAGGGUUGGUGAGGUCUCCGGUCUCUGCAACUCUUCCACAGAUUGGAUCCAGGUUGUUCCUUACGUGGGGUGUCUUGUGGAGUUUUCCUGAGACCCAGUCACACCUUCUUGUUACUACCCUGGUCAUAAGCUGGUCUAUCACUGAGAUCAUCAGAUACUCUUUCUUUGGAACGAAGGAGGCAUUUGGCUUUGCGCCUUCCUGGUUAUUAUGGCUUAGGUACAGCACCUUUAUGUUGUUGUAUCCUACUGGUAUCUCUAGUGAAGUUGGUCUGAUCUACAUUGCCUUGCCUUACAUGAAGGCAUCGGAGAAAUACUGUAUUAGGAUGCCCAACAAAUGGAACUUCUCAUACGAUUACUUCUAUUCAUCUGUCCUUGCCCUCCUGAUCUAUGUUCCAGGAAGCCCACACAUGUACCGUUACAUGCUCUCCCAGAGGAAGAAGGCGCUAUCAAAGGCCAAAGCGGCAUGAUGAUGCCAAGCAAGGGAAUCGGUGGACUGGUUUGCGUGAUGGAUGCCGGAACAUGUUCAAGUUUUCGACAUCCCCUGUAGAAUCUAGUGGUCGGGGGAUAUAUAUUACUAGAAUGGGGCUCUUCAUAUGAACUGCCCCGUAUGCGUAAUGUGUUGUACCGGAGUCAUCAUUUCAGAUAUCAGCUGUUGCGUGGUUAAAUCGUAGUUUGCUUCCGGAUCACCCAUCAGUUGGGGGGUGGAUUACCAUGUUGAUUAUAUAAGGCAAUGCGUUCCGCAUCCUUCCCUCAACUGGUGCUGUGCUCUCUUGUUUCUAGCGUACGAUGAAUGAUGGAUUUUAUCCCGGGCCUGGAACAUUUUGCAUGCUCUAGCUUCAUGUUGAUUAUUAUAUAGCAAAAUUAGCAAUGUAUUUCUUACUUAUGAC